AGUUGUGCUCAGGUGAUUGUGGUUUUAAAAGAAGCUCACAAAUCUGUUGCUUUAGUAGAUGUUCUGAGACCUGUGGGUGAGAAACAUGGCUGCAAAGACAGUGUUGAUUGUGUAUGCGCACCAGAGUGCUGGAUCUUUCAAUGCAGCCAUUAAAGAUGCGACUGUAGAUGUGCUGAAGAAUCAGGGCUGCAAUGUUCUUGUUUCUGACCUGUAUGAAAUGAAUUUCAAGGCCACAGCAACCAAGGAUGAUAUUACUGGCACAGUGAAGAACCCAGAACAUUUCUGCUAUGGAGAGGAGACCAUGCUGGCCUGGCAGGAGGGACGACUAGCUUCUGAUAUUGUAGAGGAGCACAAGAAACUAAAAGAAGCAGAUAUUGUUAUUUUUCAGGUAAGGCUUUUAUUUAUUAGAAAUUGGAUUUUGUAUAUUUUAUUUGUUGCUUUUGGGUACUUUAUGUUUUUUGUGUGUCUUUUGCAGUUUCCCAUGUACUGGUUCUCGGUUCCUGCCAUCAUGAAAGGCUGGAUGGAUCGGGUUCUUACCCUUGGUUUUGCAUACACUUCGGAAAAGCGCUAUAGUGCAGGCAUCUUCAGGGAAAAGAAAGCCAUGUUGUCAUUCACCACUGGUUCCCAUGAGACAAUGUUCAGCUCCAAUGGGAUCAAUGGAGAUCUGAAUGUUACUCUGUGGCCAGUUCAGAAUGGUGUCCUCAAUUACUGCGGCUUCCAGGUCCUCGCACCACAAGUCUUCUGGGCACCCACGCAUCUCUCCUCUGAGGCUCGUGACAGCCUGUUGAAAGACUGGCGUACUCGUCUUCAAGGUCUUUUAAGCGAAGUGCCUCUCUCCUUCCCACCCAUAGACAGUUUUGAUGAGGUGAAAGGCUUUCAGCUGAAGCCUGAAGUCCAUGAAAAGCAGGCCGGUUCCCCCUUCGGUCUCACUGUGGGACACCACCUGGAGAAACCUCUGCCACCGCACAGUCAGAUGAAGGCUGGGGUAUGAGAUGAGCAAUUGUCCCCAUGUGGCCAUGUUCCUGUUUAACUGUCAUGACGCUUAAUUGUGGGAUGUCAAUAAAUUGUGAAUGUUUUGAAUUUGACAGUUGUAAUUCAUUGUAAACCAUGUGAUACCCACAACUACGACCAUGUCGAAUACAGUAGCAAUGUUACUGGUUUUAUAGACUUUCAAAUUUCCAGUAAUAAACCAUAUUUCAUUA